AUGCAUCGCAAUUGGUUACACGAUAUCAUGCGCAACCUUUUCAUAAUCCUCGGCUGCGUCUCCGUUGUAUUAACUGCUGCUCUGCCACCUGUCCCAGAGCAUCCAUCGCCCACCCUCGAAUCUCACACCAAGGUGGUCGUGACACUCCACGGUAAAACCCCCACGGACGAAACAGUGACGCUAGCGAUCAAAAUAGAGAUCCAAACUUUACUCUGGAGUGCUGCCAGAAAGAUUCACGGUACACCCGAUCUAACCAUUGACGCCAUUGAGUGGGAUGGGAAACCUCAAGGAUCGACAGAGACCCCAAAUAGAAUCUCUUUUCAUGCCACCGUGAGUGGGUUGCGACAAGAAGACUCGGGGGUUUAUACGGGCUUCUACUUCUACUCGGGAGUGCUACCAGUACCGAAAAAAGUGAAUCCUGGAAAGCCCCAAUCCAAAAAGAAAAGGCCCGCGAAGAUCAAUAACAGGAUAGAGCGCAUAUUGAAUGCAAAAGUGACUAGUCCACAAGGAAAUGUUUUGCUCGACUUAGAAGUACCAGAAGAUAGGAUCUUACAAACGAGUUCAGACUCCAACACUGUCUGA